ACAGCAUCAACGAGAACUCUCCACACUGAUAUUCAAACCUGAACAUCAAGUAAUCUUAAAAUUCCAAUAAUGGAACAUAUUGAACAAAAACAUUGUUGAGAAAUGAAAGAAUCAAAAUCAGAUAUCGUUAAUAAUAGUUUGGCUAAAUAUCCCAAAACUGGAGCAAAGCGUGAGCAAGAUGAUGCUUGGAAGGAAGCAAAGUUUGAAAGGAGAUCAAAUUCUGGCAGACUAUGGACCUGAGGAAGCUUUCAAUGAAAAUGCUGACAUCGAAUGGGUGAAUAAGAGAUGGGUUCGGAGAAUGAUGAGGACCUGUGCUCUCCUCAGCUUGGCAUCAGUAAGUUGCAACACUCCAAAAACAUUUCAGCUCUUUCCUCAACUGAAGACGAUAACCAUCUCAGUCGAUAUUGUCGUAACACUCUUAUUCACAGCAGAAAUGAUAGCCAAAAUGCAUAUGAGAGGGAUAUUGAAGGGGGAAAAACCAUACCUGAAAGACCAUUGGUGUAAAUUCGAUGCCAUAAUGGUAUUCUUCCUUUGGUGUUCUAUUAUUCUACAGUUUUUAGAUUUUUUAGGUCUUGCACCAACAUUCAAUUCGAUCUUCAGAGCUCCUAGACCAUUGAUUAUGAUAAGGUUUUUGAGGGUGUUCCUUAAAUUCUCUAUGCCGAAAUCUAGAAUAAACCAGAUAUUCAAGCGAUCUAGUCAACAGAUUUACAAUGUAACCCUCUUCUUCCUAUUCUUUAUGUCUUUAUACGCACUUCUUGGAGUUCAGCUCUUUGGAGAACUCAAAAACCAUUGUGUGCAGAAAGAUGCAGAAUUGAGCCAUGUAACCAUCAAUAGUCUUUCAAUUCCUGACACUUACUGCUCUCGAGAUCCAACAUCAGGUUACCAAUGUCCAGAAGGAAUGAAAUGUAUGAAAUUUGAAGGCAAGUCUAGAUACAUCAUUGGCUUCAAUGGUUUCGAUGAAUUCGUAACAAGUUUCUUCACCGUAUACCAAGCAGCCUCCCAAGAAGGCUGGGUCUUUAUAAUGUACAGAGCCAUAGAUUCCUUGCCAGCUUGGAGGGCAGUUUUCUAUUUCAGCACAAUGAUCUUCUUCUUAGCUUGGCUGGUUAAGAACGUUUUCAUAGCUGUUAUUACUGAAACGUUCAAUGAAAUUAGAGUUCAGUUUCAGCAGAUGUGGGGGCCUAGGGGGCACAUACAGAACAGCACAGCAUCACAGAUAUUGACAGGCGAUGAUAGGGGUUGGAAAUUGGUAACCUUGGACGACAACAAACACACUGGCGUUGCUCCAGAAUUAUGACAUAAGAUCUUACGAUCGCCACAUUUCAGGCUCUUGGUUAUGGUUGUCGUACUAGCCAAUGGUAUAGUUACGGCAACCAUGAGUUUCGAACACGAUGAUAGACCCAGGGAGGUUUACUACGAGAACUACUACUACAUCGAGGUUGGAUUCACUGUUGUCCUGGAUCUGGAAACCUUGUUUAAGGUAUGGUGCCUUGGUUGGAGAGGAUAUUGGAAGCAUUCUAUACAUAAAUUCGAAUUCUUGCUAGUUGUUGGAACAACCAUACAUGUUAUACCAGGUUGCUAUAUGACUGGCUUGGCCUACUUCCAAGUCCUGCGCAUAGUGCGCCUCAUCAAAGCAUCUCCGCUGUUAGAAGACUUCGUGUACAAGAUUUUUGGUCCAGGCAAAAAAUUAGGCAGCUUGAUCAUCUUCACCAUGUGUUUACUGAUUAUAUCGUCCAGUGUUUCCAUGCAACUGUUCUGUUUCUUGGAUUAUCCUAAGUUUGAAACUUUUGCUGAGGCAUUCAUGUCCAUGUUUCAAAUAUUAACACAGGAGGCUUGGGUUGAAGUUAUGGACGAGACCAUGCUGAGGACUAGCUCUUGGGUUGCCCCUUUGGUUGCUGUCUACUUCAUUCUUUACCAUCUUUUCGUGACACUGAUCGUGUUAAGUUUGUUCGUAGCAGUCAUCCUUGACAAUCUGGAGUUAGACGAGGACAUCAAGAAACUCAAGCAGUUGAAAUACAGGGAGCAGAGUGCAGAAAUCAAAGAAACACUUCCUUUUCGUCUCAGAAUAUUCGAAAAAUUUCCAGAUAGCCCCCUUAUGGUCUCUCUUCAUAAAGUACCGUCAGAUUUCAACUUACCCAAGGUGCGAGAAAGUUUCAUGAGACAAUUUGUGUAUGAAACUGAAGAAGAUGAGAACAACGAGUCCAGUAUAAAGAAGCUAAACGAGGAAGUGUUUGAUUCCAAAAUCAUCUACAGAAAACAGAAGCCUAUCAAAGUGAUGAACUCUUUGGCGAAGGUCAGAGGUGCCAAUGAUAAACUAAAGACUACCUCAAUUUCAUAUAUAAUUAAUGAUUCUAAUAACCAACGUCUUAUGUUAGGAGAUUCUUCCAUGAUUCCUGUUCCUGGGGCUAAAAGUGGACUGAAGCCUCAAGGUACCAUCAACAGCAUGAAGCAGUUGCGUAUCGACCACAAGAAUGUGUUCGAUAGGUUUGGUUCAAGAUCAAUUAGAAGAAGUGUUAGGAGCGGAUCUAUAAAGUUGAAACAAACGUAUGAACAUCUGAUGGAAAAUGGAGAUAUCGGAGUGAACAGAGUGACUUCUAACAGAGCUAGGCCUCACGACUUGGACAUCAAGCUUCUUCAAGCAAAGAGACAACAAGCAGAAAUGAGGAGGAAUCAAAGGGAGGAAGAUCUCAGAGAGAAUCAUCCAUUUUUUGACACGCCUCUUUUUGCUGUGCCUAGAGAGAGUAGGUUCAGGAAGUUCUGCCAAAUGUUGGUCUACGCUAGGUAUGACGCUAGAUUGAAAGACCCUCUGACUGGAAAGGAUAGUAGGAAAGUUCAAUAUAAAAGCCUUCAUAACUUCUUGGGUUUGGUAACUUACUUAGAUUGGAUUAUGAUCUCCAUGACCACCUUGUCUUGUCUCUCAAUGAUGUUUGAAACGCCAGAUUAUAGAGUAACCGAAAAUGCUUCUCUGCAAGUGGCUGAAUAUUGCUUCGUCAUCUUCAUGAGCGUUGAACUUGCGUUGAAAAUACUGGCAGAUGGUUUAUUCUUCACACCAAAGGCAUAUGUGAAAGAUGUAGCAGCUGUAUUGGAUGUUUUCAUUUAUCUAGUUAGCUUGGUUUUCUUGUGCUGGAUGCCACAAGAGGUUCCUCCAAACUCAUGCGCUCAGCUCCUGAUGAUAUUGAGGUGUUUGAGACCACUGAGAAUCUUCACUUUGGUACCGCAUAUGAGAAAGGUGGUUUACGAGUUGUGCAGAGGCUUUAAAGAGAUUUUAUUGGUAUCAAUUUUGUUGAUUCUUCUGAUGUUUGUGUUUGCAAGUUUUGGUACCCAGCUUUAUGGAGGGAGAUUGGCCCGUUGCAAUGAUCCUAUGAUUAAAGAGAGGAGCAACUGUGUCGGAGUAUUUCUGAGGAGAGUUUUUAUUAGUAAGAUGAAACUUUUACCAGGUAUCCAGGAGAAAUAUCCAGCUAUGCUAGUGCCAAGAGUUUGGGCAAAUCCACGUAGGUUUAACUUCGACAAUAUAGGACACGCCAUGCUGACACUUUUCGAAGUGUUGUCUUUCAAAGGUUGGUUAGACGUUAGAGAUGUGAUCAUUAAACAGCUUGGACCGGUUCACGCUUUCUACAUACAUGUUUAUAUCUUCCUUGGUUGUAUGAUUGGACUAACGUUGUUCGUCGGUGUUGUGAUUGCCAACUAUUCAGAAAACAAGGGCACAGCUUUACUCACAGUUGAUCAGAGAAGAUGGUGCGAUUUGAAGAAAAGAUUGAAAAUUGCACAGCCUCUUCAUCUACCUCCAAGACCAGAUGGAAAGCCAUUUAGAGCAUUCAUAUACGAUAUUACUCAAGACAUUAGAUUCAAACGAUUCAUAGCUAUCUUGGUAUUGGUCAACAGCUCUUUGUUAACAGUUUCUUGGGAUAUGUCCAAAAGCUAUACUCACGUAUUGGCAGGUAUAGGGAUGGCUUGCACUGUCAUAUUUUUUGGAGAAGUUGUAAUGAAAAAUAUUGCAUUCACGCCUAGAGGUUAUUUGCAGUCUAGAAGAAAUAGAUACGAUCUGCUUGUAACAGUAACUGGAAUAACUUGGGAUAUUUUCCAUCUUGCAUUUAAGAGUCAUCUGACUUUCUUCCUGGGCUGCAUGGUUAUUGUUUUGAGGUUCUUCACAAUCACAGGGAAGCAUGCCACUUUGAAGAUGCUUAUGUUGACGGUAGGCGUAUCUGUGUGUAAAAGUUUCUUCAUCAUAUUUGGAAUGUUUCUUCUGGUGUUCUUCUACGCUUUGGCUGGUACUAUCCUGUUUGGUACUGUUAAGUAUGGCGAAGGUAUUGGAAGGAGAGCAAACUUUGAAUCGCCGGUUACAGGUGUUGCUAUGUUGUUUAGAAUAGUCACGGGGGAAGAUUGGAACAAAAUCAUGCACGAUUGCAUGAUUCAACCGCCAUAUUGUACACCAGCAGGGAAUUAUUGGGAAACAGAUUGUGGAAACUUCACUGGAGCCCUCAUCUACUUUUGCACAUUCUACGUGAUAAUAACGUACAUUGUCCUCAAUCUUCUAGUGGCUAUAAUCAUGGAGAAUUUCUCCCUCUUCUACUCCAAUGAAGAAGAUGCACUCCUUUCAUAUGCCGAUAUAAGAAACUUCCAGAACACUUGGAAUAUAGUGGACAUACAUCAAAGAGGUGUCAUUCCAGUCAGAAGGGUUAAAUUCAUUUUGAGGUUGCUGAAAGGAAGACUUGAGGUGGAUCCUCAGAAAGAUAGAUUGUUGUUUAAGCAUAUGUGUUACGAGUUAGAAAGACUUCACAAUGGUGAGGAUGUCACAUUCCACGAUGUUAUCAAUAUGUUAUCAUACCGGUCUGUAGAUAUAAGAAAAGCAUUGCAGCUUGAGGAGCUGCUAGCCAGAGAAGAAUUUGAGUACAUAAUAGAAGAAGAAGUAGCUAAACAAACUAUUAGAACUUGGCUGGAAGGUUGCCUCAAAAAAAUACGAUCAACAAACAAACAACAGAACAGCUUAAUUGACGGUCUCAGGGCUACCAACGAAACACUGACAAUGUUACCAGAUCCAGUUGAGGAAAUUAAAGCUGGAACUACGCCAGAUCAGGAGAGUCCAAGUGAACAAAAAGAAGUAGAAGUGGUGCCAAGCAGAAAACAAAAACUAGUGAAUUUAGCAAGAUCAGACAGCAUUGGAAGUACUUCUGGAAGGAAAUACCUUGCACCGACUUUGUCUGAUCCUGCAGCAAGAACUGAAAAGGAAAGGGCGACAACUAAUAAAAAGAAAAGCAAUAGACCACCAGUGCCAUUAAAUAAAACUACUCAGCAUAUAAAUGAAAUAGAAUCCCGUAUGCCUAGAGAAGUUUUUAAUAAUAAAACAACUUUACCUAAAGCUUCAAACGCCCUUCACGAAAUUCGAGAUUGGUGGGCUGAGCAACUAAAUUAUGCAUCGUCGAGUGAUGAUGAGUAGAGUUGAAUAAUAGUUGAUUUGUACUUUUGUAGUUUAUGAAAUAAUAUAGUUGUUGAAUGUAUAAGAAAUAAAUUUU